AUGGCCCCAACGAAUCUCCUGUCCGGCAAGACCGCCAUCAUCACCGGCGGCACCACCGGCAUCGGCCGCGCCAUCUGCCUCGAGUACCUCAAACAGGGCGCCAACGUCGUCGUCAACCACCUGGGCCUCGAGAAGGACCAGGUCCACCUCGACUCCCUCGAGGCCGAGGCCGCCUCCCUCCGCAAAUCCAACCCGGACACCGCCGGCCGCCUCGCCCACCAGGUCGGCGACGUCCGCGAGCCCGAGACCGCCGCCAGGCUCGUCGCCCUCGCCGUCGAGCACUCGGGCAACGGCCGCCUCGACGUCUGCGUCUCCAACGCCGGCAUCUGCACCUUCGCCGAGUUCCUCGACCUCACCCCGGACCUCUUCACCAAGACCGUCCGCACCAACCUCGACGGCGCCUUCUACGUCGUCCAGGCCGCCGCCCGCCACAUGAGCACACAGAGCCCCCCCGGCGGCAGCAUCAUCGGCAUCUCGUCCAUCUCCGCCCUCGUCGGCGGCGGCCUGCAGACGCACUACACCCCCACAAAGGCCGGCGUCCUCAGCCUGAUGCAGAGCACCGCCGUCGCUCUCGGCAAGCACGGCAUCCGCUGCAACGCCCUGCUGCCCGGCACCAUCAAGACCCAGCUCAACGAGGAGGACCUCGCCGACGACGCCAAGCGGGCCUACACGGAGGGCCGCAUCCCGCUGGGUCGCACCGGCGUGCCGUCCGACCUCGCCGGCCCGGCCGUCUUCUUGGCCUGCGAGGAGCUCAGCGGUUACGUUACCGGCGCACAAUUGCUGGUCGACGGCGGCCUCUUCGUCAACCUCCAAUGA